UUUAAACAUAUGAAUACUCAAAGAUUUGAUAUAGUUAGAUAAGGAUUGAAUAUUACAUAAGGAAUGAAGACUGAUAUUGUAGAUCUAUAUAAAAGAGCUUUAAGUUAGAAGCAAUAUUAAAAUAAAGCAGAUUAUAUACGCUAUCAUUUAGAAUAAAAAUAUGGUAAAGAUAAUGAAAUUAAAUUUACAGGACGUUGUUGGUGUGUUUUAUUAAGUAGUUUACAUAGUGAAUAAGAGUAUGAUUUUGCAGAUCCUGAACAUUUCUUAUUUGAAUUAAAAUCAUCAGAACAUCACAUUCUUGUUUAUUUGAUUCCUGAAUAUAAUUAUUAA